AAUUUUGCAAUUGGCGCCAAAAUAAAAUUCACCGCACACUGUACAAACCUGUCUGGCAACAUCAGUUCUUCCCGCCUUUUUAUUAUAGAAACUACACACAAUCAUUAAAUACGUCGUACGUGCUAGGCAAAUAACGCAACUAAUAGCAAAAACACAAAACGAAUUAAUCAGCAAUAAAUUGACUAAAUUCAACGAACGAAUAUUCAACAAAAACGUAAAAAGUAUCGUCGACGUUUUCGAUUUUGUUGUUGCUGUUGUCGCCUGGUCAUUUACCAAGUUGAUUCCGCGGCCGCACCCGCUGCUGCUGCUGCCGUCAGCAGCAACGUUUUAUUUCUAGCCGAAAAAAUAGUGAACAAGUCGCAUUUGUAGUUGCGUUCAAGCUAAACUCGACGGCAAUAACAACAACGAUGAGCAACGAUGUGCAAGAGCAGGAGGUCGGCGCCGAGGUUGUGACCAGUGCCGGCGCCACAAUCGACGAGUACCUCGAAACGAUGCGCUUAAAGUUUGAAAAUCUGUGCCGUGAUCUAAAUAUGGAUCUGGAAACCGAAUCCAAGGCUUUCAAAAUACUCAAGGAAGUGCUCAAGCACUACUCUUUAGAGGGGGAGAUCUUGCAUUGGUUCUGCUGCGCUCUGUUCGUAGCCUGUCGUCAAUCAACCACGCCCACUGUGGGUGGCCAAAAUGCAGUCGUAAUGGGAAAUUGUGUGCCAUUGAACAAUUUGUUGCGCAGCUGUCAAAUGAGCAUCUACGAGUUUAAGAAGAAGAUCAAACUGUGGUGCGACAUGGCUAAUAUGCCCCAAACAUUUGUACUGCAAAUGGAGGAGCUGGAGCGCAAGUUUAGCAUCACAUUCACGAUCUACAAGAAGUACAGAGAUAUUUCCGACCAAAUCUACUCAUGCCCGCCCAACGAAAAGAAACACUCGAAAUACAGCACCAAAUGCUCCUACAUAAAGCUGGACGAUAUAUGCUGGCGCCUGUUCCUGUGCGCCAAGAAUCAGAAGCCAACGACAACCCUUGAUCUGGUCACAUCGUACAACCUAAUGAUGUGCUGCAUUGAUCUCAUCUACGCCAAUGUGCUGGCCGAGAAACGCACUGAUCUCAUCAAUCCGAAAUUUGAGGGCCUGCCACCCAAUUGGAACUCGCCGGACUUUGACGAGACCCAAGCCCGAAACCAUUGUAUACUUGCCUACUUUUGCGAGAUGGCCGACGAGGCUAAAGAAAUGAAGGCGGGCGUCUUUAGGAAGAUAAUGGACAGCUUCUUUCAGACGAACAUUGUCGUAGGUAAUGAGCACACGCUGCUUGACUUGAUAUCCAAUAAGAAUUAUGAGCGAAAUCUUAAAUCGCUGAACAUCAGCUAUGAGCAGUAUGUUCUAUCCGUGGGCGAGUUGGACGAGCGCAUAUUGGGCGCCUACCAGCAGGACUCUAGCGAGCACAGCAAUCUAAACGAACAGGCGCUGCGUCAACCCGUGACGCCGUUGACACGCAAACAGGACUUGCCCGCCCAGCCCGUCAUGUCGGAGCAGAAGUUCGAGCCGGUGGCCAAUGCCACCAACAAUGUCAAGGAGCUGAGCACCGCAGUCAGCCAUAUUACCGAACCCACCGACUUUGUAAAACAGGCGGGCGAGCCAGCUAUUGCAAAAAUGCUGAAAAUAAUAAAGGAAAUGGAAGAACAAUUUUUGGCCAAGUUUCCAAUGCGUAGCGAGACUCACAAUCGAUUCCAAUUGGCCAAAUCGCUUUACUUCUACCUGUUCGACCAUAUACUCCGUGCCGAGAUAAAGACUAAGCCUCACAUUGUGCAAAAGAUCUCAUUAGACAUCUUCAACAUGACGCUGAUGGCCUGCUGCACGGAGCUGGUGCUCGAGGCCUACAAUACGGAGCUUAAGUUCCCCUGGAUUCUGGAAUGUUUCAGUAUUAACGCCUUCCAAUUUCAUAAGAUCAUCGAAAUUGUUGUGCGCCAUGGCAGCCACGGCACACACGAGGGCUGCCUCACACGUAGCCUAGUCAAGCAUCUUAAUUCCAUCGAGGAGACAUGCCUAGAGCGGUUGACAUGGACACGUAACUCCCCAAUCUGGGACAUGAUUGACAAUGCGUCCAAGCCGCUGCCCACCUGGAGCGACGUGACAGCUGACAAGGCAGCUGGACAACUACAGAUAUUUCUGCGCAAGGUAUUUCUGCUCGGCUGGCUGCGCAUCAGUAAGCUUUGCUCGGAGUUAAACCUGGACGAGAAGAAGCCUGACAAGAUCUGGACUAUAUUCGAGCAUUCGAUCACACACAAAACUCAUCUAAUGAAAGAUCGCCAUCUCGACCAAAUAAUCAUGUGUGCAAUAUAUAUUUAUAUAAGAGUAACCAAAAUGGAGGAGCCCAAAUUUAGUGACAUUAUGCGGGCGUAUCGCAACCAGCCGCAGGCGGUAAAUAGUGUGUAUCGUGAGGUGCUCAUCAGCGUCAAUGAGCAUGGCGAAUACGUGUUGAAAGAUAUUAUUCACUUUUACAACUACACGUAUGUGCCGGAGAUGAAGAAAUUCUGUAUCAACUACCUUGACAAGAGUGAGGAUAAUGUAAAUCUACUGAUGUCGCCACACCCCACUGAGCGCACAAUGGUGCCCAAGAAGCUAACACACAACCACUCACUCUACGUUACGCAAAUGUCAAAGAAUGAGAUGCAGCAGUCGCCGGGUCAGGUUGUUUACGUUAUCAGAUCAAGUCCGGCCAAGAGACUGGACUUAAUGAACAAAAUUGUGCUUGGAUCUGGGAAACGUGUAUUGGAUUUCGCUGACACCACCGUAAAUCCCAUUGACCAGAAGCGGCAAAGGUUGGAGCAGUAGGCGUAUCUCAGGACGUUAUCGAUGACCGCAAGGCCGAACGAAGUAGACAAACGUGCUAAGACAGGCGAAUGAGCUGGGUCACAAGGGUGUGUAGAAUUUGUGGGGGUCACGGGGAUAACGGGAGAGGGGCGGGCAGGGGAUGUUUUCAUACUGAUAUGCUGGCACGGUUGGCGAUGGGUCGACAGAGAGGCACACAGAUUAUGAAAUUCAUGUUGGAGGCAUAUGCAAUGUUAUUUUUAAUGACAGCAAGAACGGUUAUCAUUUUACUUAUUGUUUAAUUUAAUACGUGUGCAUCCUUUUGAUAGUUUUUAUUGCAAGUCAUCCAUAUACAUAUACAUAUACAUAUACAUAUACCUACACCUACACUAUACCUAUACACUAUAUGUAUGUAGAUGCAUAUGAGUGUGGCUUACGAUUGGUAAGCGACAUAUAACACUUCAAAAUAUACUUUAGCAAAAACAUAACAAACUGCUGCCAUCAACAUCGAGCCGCCAACUUUCGGUGUUGAUGUUCAGAUCUAACAACAUUAACCACAACAAUUGCACUAGAUUACACUUUAAAUCAACAAGAACUAGAACAAGUAGAAUAUCAUUUUUUUUGUCAA